GUAAAUGAAGGACAAUAUGAAGUGAGAGUGAAGGACAAUAUGAAAUGUAAUUGAUGGACAAUAUGAAGUGUAAGUGAAGGACAAUAUGAAGUGUAAGUGAAGGACAAUAUGAAGUGUAAGUGAAGGACAAUAUGAAGUGUAAGUGAAGGACAAUAUGAAGCGUAAGUGAAGGACAAUAUGAAGUGUAAGUGAAGGACAAUUUGAAGCGUAAGUGAAGGACAAUAUAAAGUGUAAGUGAGGGACAAUAUGAAGUGAGUGCAAAUGUGGUGAAGGACAAUAUUGGAGUGGAGCUGUCACAGGGAAGGCAGGCAGGAAGGAAGGAAGGAAGGCAGGCAGGGAGGAAAGAAGGAAGGAACGAAAGCAGGGAGGAAGGCAGGCAGGACGAAAGGAAGGCAGGGAGGAAGGCUGGCGAGGAGGAAGGCAGGCAGGCAGGCAGAAAGGAAGGCAGGCAGGAAGGCAGGCAGGAAGGAAGGAACAAAGGAAGGCAAGGAGGAAGGCUGGCAGGAAGGAAGGAAGUCAGGCAGGCCGGCAGGCUGUAGAAAGGCAGGCAGGAAGGAAAGAACAAAGGAAGGCAAGGAGGAAGGCAGGCAGGAAGGAAGGAAGUCAGGCAGGCCGGCAGGCUGUAGAAAGUCAGGCAGGAAGCCAGGAAGCCAGGAAGGAAGGAAGGCAGGCAGGCAGAAAGGAAGGCAGGCAGGAAGGCAGGCAGGAAGGCAGGCAGGCAAGCAGGCAGGAAGACAGGAACGAAUGAAGGCAAGGAGGAAGGCAGGCAGGAAGGAAGGAAGGCAGGGAGGAAGGCAGGGACAAAGGCAGGCAGGAAGGAAGGAAGUCAGGCAGGCAGGCCGGCAGGCUAUGGAAAGGCAGGCAGGAAGGCAGGGAGGAAGGUAGACAGGAAGGCAGGCAGGAAGGAAGGAAGUCAGGCAGGCCGGCAGGCUGUAGAAAGGCAGGCAGGCAGGAAGGAAGGAAGAAAGGACGGCAAGGAGGAAGGCAGGCAGGAAGGCAGGCUUUAGAAAGGUAGGCAGGAAGGAAGGCAGGCAGGUAUGAGAAGUAGAAAGAAGUAAAGAAGGAGGAGAAGAAGAAGGAGAAGAAUGAAUGAGUUCAGUGUUUGCAGAGUGUUUGCUGGCUCCUCUCUAGCAGCCACACAUGCUGCUCUCCUGCUGCUGGCUGCUGCAGGUGUGACAAUCAGCAGCAUUCAUGUCAUGGUGGCUUCUAGAAGGUCCACACUGAUGCUCCUUCACUCUGUCAUGGUGGCUUCUAGAAGGUCCACACUGAUGCUCCUUCACUCUGUCAUGGUGGCUUCUAGAAGGUCCACACUGAUGCUCCUUCACUCUGUCAUGGUGGCUUCUAGAAGGUCCACACUGAUGCUCCUUCACUCUGUCAUGGUGGCUUCUAGAAGGUCCACACUGAUGCUCCUUCACUCUGUCAUGCCUUAGCAUCCUCAGAUCAUUGUGUGGAUGUUAAUUACUGUCUUCUUCUCCUCCUUCUCCUCCUUCUUCUACUUCUUCUUCUCCUUCUCCUUCUCCUUCUCCUUCUUCUUCUCCUUCUCCUUCUUCUCCGUCUUCUCCUUCUUCUCCUGCAUUUUCUCCUUCUCCUUCUUCUCCUUCUUUUCCAUCUCCUUCUCUUUCUUCUCCAUCUCUUCUCCCUCUUCUUGUUUUUCUCCUUCUUCUCCUUCUUCUUUUUGAUCUUCUUCUUCUUCUUCUUCUUCUUAUCCUUUUCCUUCAUGUUCUCCUUCUCAUUCUCCUUCUUCUUUUUGAUAUUCUUCUUCUUCUUUUGCUUUUUCUUCUUCUUCUUCUUCUUCUUCUUCUUCUUCUUCUUUGUGUCCUCAUUUAUCUUCUCCGACUCAUUCUCCUUCUUCUCCUUCUUCUCCUUCUUUUCCCGCAUUUUCUACUUCAUGCUUCUUCCUCCUUUGUUUUUUUUCCUUCUCCUUUUCUUUUUAUUGCUCUCCUUCUUCUCCUUGUCUUUCUCAUUCUCCUUCACCCUCUUCUUCUCCUUCUUCUUGUCCUUCUUCUCCUUCUCCUUCUCCUCAUUCUUCUCCUUCUUCUUCUCCUUCUUCUUAUUUUCCUUCUCCUUCUUCUCCUUCUUUGCCUUCAUUUUGUACUUCCUGUUUCUUCUUUCUUCCAUUCCUCCUUCUCUUUCUCCUUUUCUUCUCAUUGUUCUCCUUCUUCUCAUUGUCUUUCUCCUUCUUCUUCUCCCUCUUCUUCUUCUUUUUCUUCUUCUUCUUCUCCUUCUUCUUCUUCUCCCUCUUAUUUUCCUUAAUCCUCCUCCUUUUUCUUUUUCUUCUUCUCUUUCUUCUUCUUUUUCUUCUCCUCUGUUGUCUUCUUCCUCUCUUUCUUCUUCUUCUCCUUCUCCUUCCUGCCCUCUUUUGUCUAAUUUUUCCUCCUUGUCCUUACCAUUGUCUUUAUCCUUCUUCUUAUUUGUCUUCUCCUUCUUCUCCUCCUUCUCCCCAUUCUCUUAUCCUUCUUCCUCUCCUUCUUCUUCUUCUGGUCCCUUGUUUUCCCCAACUUCUCACUCUUGUUCUUGUUCUUCUUCUUCUUCUUCUUCUUCUUCUUCUCCUCCUCCUCCUCCUCCUCCAUGCCCUUCUUCUUCUUCUCCUCUUCCUUCUCCCUCUCCUCCUCCAUCCCCUUCUCCUACCACAGUACUGCUGGAUUCCUCCUCGUCACUGCUGUUGUCGCUGCUAAUAACGCAGCUUCCGGUCUUCACGUCUGCCUCUCCGGUUCCUCCGCGGCGGCCAAGUGACAUGGACAAGCUUUCCAACCAGACCAAAAACCUCAUGAAGCUCACACAGGAACUACUGAGGGCGCACGCGUUCGACUCUGACGCCGAACCUCACAGGUUCCGGUCGCUGCCGGAAAUGAGCAACAGGUCAGCGCACGACCUCCACAAUCUCCAGUUGAGGCCCACGCUCUCCCAGCUCCACGCCGACCUGAAGCUGUACGAGCACCACUUCGAGUGGCUCAACAGGGUCUCCAAGAAGCACCACCACCCUGCACUGCCCAAGCUGGUGGAGGUGAUCAAGGAGAUGAAGUCGCUGAUCAACCUGCUGCACCAUCAGAUGCUGAGGGUCCAGGCGCCCAAGCUGGCCCCCGUGGCCCCCUCACUGCCCCCGGAGCUGCCCUACCAGUUCGACGUGCUGCAAUCCAGCCAGGAGCUCCUCCAGCACUUCAAGCUCUUCUGCGACUGGGCGUACCGAGCCUUCAUCAGCCUCAAGCCCAAAGUCGCCGCCGUUCAGUCGUAAGCGCUCGCACAGCAGGGGGGGCCCGGGGGGCGGG